CACAUUGCGCCCUACAACAGUACAACCAACACGCGCCCUUGGAAGUACAUACUGCUCCGCGUGCCUCUAUAAACACGAUCCAAGUACCAAAUACCCUCUCCUAAGCUCUCACAGCCGCAGCCCCACACGCCCACCUGCUUGCUACAAGACAUAUUUCCACCACCGCACAAUGGCAUCAUCAUCCAGCGCUCCACUACAAGAAUGGCUCAUCAUCGUGCCUGAUCAUAAGGAUGCGCUGCAGAAGCGUAUUGCGAGCCGCCCGAAACAUCUCGAGGGGUUGAAGGCGGAUAGGGAAGAUAUGUGGUUGUGGGGUGGAGCGAUGCUCGAGGAACCCAUCAAAGAAGGCGACACAAACCCACCCAAGAUGAAGGGCUCAGCGUGCCUCAUUGGUGCUAAGACGAGAGAGGAGGUUGUGGAGAGGUUGAAGCAGGAUGUUUAUGUCAAGGAGGGGGUGUGGAAUUUGGAGGAUGUGCAGAUUAUUCCGUUUAAAAGUGCGGUUAGGAAGGCGCUUUAGGAUGUGUUGGAGCGGGACAGGGUAGGAAGGAGAAUAUGGUUACGGUCUCUGCCAAUGGCAGUUGCGCAUCUCAUCGCUAGCCGCCGA